AUGUGGUUGACACAACCUAUCAUUCGUAGAAACUCGGCAAAUACAAAAAAACUUCUUCCUAGAAGUUGGGUGAAAAUUAAAAUUAUAUUUACACAAAAGAACAAAACAAUGGAGUCUGCUGAAAAUCAAGAUGAUUUAAUAAUCAAGCAACAGCGUGAGAUUGAAAAGGAGAUUUCUGAUUCGUUUGCAUUAAUUUCUGAAGAACUUCCUGUUGAAACUCUCAACAAUGAAUAUGCAGACGAUCCUAUUUACACUCGUAAGGUUCAGGAUAUUGAGAAGAAAUAUAAAUACAUCAGAAAAGUCCGACCGGAUGGAAAUUGUUUUUUCAGAGCAUUUGCAUUUGCAAUUCUCGAGCAUCUCAUCAAGCAUCAAGAUGAAUUCAUAAAAUUCAAGAAGAUUGCUGAAGAGUCAAAGUCAAAAUUACUACAAUUAAAUUUUCCUCAGUUCACAAUUGAGGAUUUCUACGACACAUUCAUCGAAGUGAUUCACAAAGUUGAGCCUAAGGACAAUCAAGCACAAGUGCUUGAAGAGCUGUACAAAGUGUUCAAUGAGCAAGGUUCCAGUGACUAUGUUGUUGUUUAUUUACGACUGAUUACCUCAGGAAAACUUCAAGAGGAAUCUGAUUUCUACCAAAAUUUCAUCGAUGGAAGUUACGGAAGUGUCGCAGAGUUUUGUCACAAGGAAGUCGAGGCGAUGUACAAGGAAAGCGAUCACAUCCACAUUAUUGCAAUUUGCGCUGCUCUCGGCGCAUCAGUUCGGGUUGAAUACAUGGAUCGAGGAUCGGAAGACGCUGUCGUUGCUCAUGACUUUCCAGAUGAUGGUCAACCGACAGUGUAUCUGUUAUAUCGGCCAAGUCAUUACGAUAUUCUCUAUCCCAACAAACGAAUUUUAAAAAGAAAAAUCGAGAUGGAAAAUGUUAAUAUUAUUACGGACGAAAACUCCCCAACAACGAAAACCGAUGACAUCGCAAAUAUGAAGAUCGUUGCAGAUAAUUCAAGUGACGAAAGAUCGGAGAAAACAGAUGCUGAAAAACCAAAAAUGGAAGACGAUGAAUCAACAAAGCUUAAUGGUGAUUCAGAACCGUCUGAUGAAAAUCACACCGAAUCGAACGGGAAAGUGGAAGAAAAUCAGCCAAUUUCUGAUCAGUCAGAAAAUAUUCCAAAUAGUGACGAAGCUAUAAAAAUUCCCGAAGAAAUUAAAAUUGAAUCGAAUGACACUCCCAUUGAAACUGAAACAAAGGACGUAAAGGAAGAAGUUUCAAACGUUGCAGAGGGUGAACAGCAAGAAGACAAAUCUGAAAAGGAAGUCGAGGUUGAAAAGGAAGUUGAAGCACCCCAACCGCAAAUUGAAGAUGUGAAAGUGAGUGAAGAAAUUCCACCAGUUAAGGAAGAAGAUUUAAAAGUGGUGGAAGAAGUUGCUGAACCUCAAGUAGAAUUUCAAAAUUCUGAGGUUGCUGAUGAACAACCCAAAACUGAAAAUUUAAAUUCCGAGACUGAAACACCAAAAGUUUCAGAAGAAGUUCAACAAGUGGUUGAAGAUAAUUCUACACCUCAAUUGGCAGAUGUAGCUUCUGAAUCAACAGAAACCAAGGUAGAAGACUCUGAAACUAAACAAGAAGAUGCAACUGUUGAAGAUGCCACGAAAGCUGAAGAAGAAUCGCCGGUUGAAGUUGAAGUUCCACAAGAAGAGAUUGUGGAAGAAUCUAAGAAAGAAGACAUUCAAGAAGUUCAGCAAUCGGAAGAGAAUAUUCCUCAAUCAAAUGAAGUUGGUGACGUUGAACCAGUGAUUGAACGUGUGGAAGCUUUGCAAUCUGAAAGUGAAGUUGCGAAAACACCAGAAAGUCCUGUUGACGUUCAGGAAAUUGUUCAACAACCUGAAGACAAACUAGAAUCGGAUGAAAGUAUUUUACGUGAUGUCGAAGAAGACAUUAUACAGUCAGUAAAUGUUACACCAAGAGCUGCUGCUGUUGCUGCCCCUAAAGCUAAUUUAUGUCCAAACGAUAAGAAAGAUGAAAAGCUUUUCAGUUUUGGUUUGGAUGUAUGGUUCAAACCAGAUCGUUUACAUCCAAGAGCAAUAUUAAUUAAAGAAACGCGAAAGAAAGAAAUGGGUCGGAGGUCUACAGGAAGAUAUCAGAAUAGCAAUGGAUACUCGUAUCAAAAUGAUUUACCGGAAAGGGGACCAGAAAUAUUCGACAUCGACUUAUCAUUGUCGUCUGAAAAAAUUCAACAAUCAUCCGGCGUGUUCGCAACUCAUGUUAAUGCUUACAUUGGAGAAUUACGUCGGUUAUUCUGUGUUGAGGAUAUUAUUGAUUCAGUGAAGUUUGGAUUACUUUUAUGGGUUCUUACUUAUAUUGGUGCCAUGUUUAACGGCAUGACAGUGAUCAUUCUAACAUUUGUUGCAAUAUUCACCAUCCCAAAAAUCUAUGAAGCGAACAAGCAAAAAAUUGAUCAAGGAUUGGACAUAGUUAAAGAAAAAUAUGUUGAAUUAUCCGAAAGUAUAGUGAAUGAACGUCGCUUACAGAAUGUUUUCGGUACAAAAAUUACUAAUAUUUUAAAUGCAAUCGAUGUCGGCAACAAUAAAAAAGCAUUGCAAGAAGUUGAAAAAGUUUUAAAAAAAACCUCGAAGCUAAGAACAGCACUUGCAUUGAAAGCUCUUGCGCUUAUAAGAUUAGGUCGUGAGAAGGAAAGUCAAAUGCUAAUCGAAGAUUUAGAGAGGACCGAACCAGAUGAUGAUUCAACCCUACAAGUUCUAACAUACUGUUAUCGAGAAUUGGAUCAAUUGAAUAAAAUAUGUUUAAUUUAUCAUAAUGCUGCUAAGAAGCUACCAAACAACGAAGAAAUCCUUAGCCAGCUGUUUAUGGCUCAUGUCAGAGUCAAUGAUUAUAAAUCGCAACAAAUUGUCGCCCUUCAACUCUUCAAAGCAAAACCUAAAAAUCCGUACUACUUCUGGGCAGUUAUGAGCAUAAUUCUGCAAGCCCUCCGGGGACCUGAAUCGUCUGAAAAGGAGAAAUCAAAAAUCUUACUUCUUCUUGCACAACGAAUGGAAAGUUUUGAAGAAAUGUUAACGUUCCUCACAUCAGAAGUCUGCAGUGAGCAUUUUCCUGGUGUGCCAAUUUCAAUAAAAAUCGAAUUACUCAAAAAACUCAAAAAUUGGAUGGAGCUGAAAAAAAUUGUUGAGGAAUUGCUGAUUGAGGAUCCUGAUCGAUGGGAUUACUACAAGGAUUAUAUUUUUGCUUGCUUUGAAUUAAUAAAAUCGGGUGAUUCCAAUACGUCGCCUGAAUCAUGCUUCAAUUUUAUGUCGAAGAAAGAUCAACUUCAACGUCACAUUUGCUCACUUCAAAUCUCAAGGUUGUGUGGAUCUCAUUCAUCAUUAUCAGUGGAACAUUUACAAGCACUUUAUUCAGCUUUGAGUUUACAUUACGAGCAUAGUUUCAGUGCUUUCGAUAAGAAUUUAUUACCAACUGACAUUGGCUUAUCAGAUCAGUAUGCGCUUCUAGCUGCACAUGUCAUGUUUGAUCUUGCAGCGAAAGAAAAUUCAAUUGAACGUCUUAUUGAAGCUGCACAUCUUCUGAAUUAUCUGCUUCAAAAUAGUCCGAGUAACUUUCAUGCGAAACUUCUUUGUCUUCAAAUUUAUCAUAUUUUGGGAUGUUCCUUGGGUGCUCAUUCAAUUUAUUCAUCAUUAGAUGUCAAACACGUUCAACUAGAUUCUUUGGGUUAUCUUCAUUGCACUCAUCUACCAUUAACAGGCAUUGUAUCAUUGGCAAAGCCAAUUUACGAUCAAACAUUGAAAUUCUUCACAGCAUCAUACAAAGAAAGUUUGGAAUAUCUCGCAAUGUCAUAUAAGUUCGGCUCGUUUUCAAAGCUUCAAGAAUUUAUGGAUUUUCCGUCUGUAGAUCUGAUUCACUCACCAAUGAAAAGUAAAGACGAUGAAACCAAAGAUCAGAAUGAUCAAACUUCAACUUGUUGUCCUGAAGAGACUUACAAAACCUUAAUGAACAGUUGGGAAGAUCUUUUUACAUUCGCAAAGAUGCUCAACAGUCAUCCGUUGUCACCUGAAUAUCUAGUCAAUUUAUUGCCAUCGAGAAUUCAUUUCAUGACACAAUUGCCUUACGAGAAAGUUUUCAGAUCGUUAGCGCAGUUUGUUUAUCAUUUAUGGAUUGGAACUGAGAAGACAAAAGAUUCAACAACCGAUCUUAUUUCUUCUCUUGGAGAUGUUAAAAAUGAAAUUGAGAAGCUUGAAAAGGUUACAGGAUCUGGGCCGAUUUUUAGCUACAGGAACUUGCUUGGGAAGUUCGUCGGAUGUGUUGAGAUUCUCUCGUUGUGUUCUUUUGUAAUGUCAAAUUGUUACGAAAAAUGCCACCAAAAUCUUUCUCAGACGAGUAAAAAGAAAAGACAACAAAAUAAUGGAAAAUAUUCGACAAAUCUUUCGGGUGAUGAAAAAGUUUCAUUAACGGUGGAAGUUAUGCGGGAAUUACGAAAUAUUUUAAGCUUAAGUGAAAGCUCUUUGGAUAAAUUGAAACCUGUAAAAGUUGAAAAGACUCUCGACGAAUAUCUCGCGACGUUGUCGAUUAACAGAAAGCCAACGUCACAUAAAACUGAAAGUCCCGCAACUUGUGUCAUCACAAUGAUUGACAUUGACGUUCAUACAGUGUUUGAAGACAGUUACCAGCAAACUGCAAAAGAACUUUCAACGCUUAUUAAAGAUAAAUUAAAAAUGAUUUACGUGAAGUAGUUAGUGAAAAUUUUAAAAUGUUUUUCAAUCAAAAAAGGAAAAAUCGCUUCUCUAAUUUUCUUUGUUUUAUUCUAAAAUAAAAAGAAAUCGACAUCGCAUGACGUUAAUAUCAGAAAUGAAUAUUGCUUGAAGUAAUAAAAAAAAAGAAUGAAAAUCUUGUUUAAAUUUAAAUUUUUUUAGAAUUCUCUUUUAGAUAUUUUCACCAUGUAUCCUUGAACAAGUUUUAUAAAAACGGUGUAUUCAAAUGUAAGAUUCUCUUCUUUAACAUUAGUUGACGAUUUGUAGUUUCUGAAGAAAUGUGAAAGUGCAAUUUUUAUUGACUUGAUAGCAUAUUUGUUUCCAAUACAGAUCCUUGGACCUCGACCAAAUGGCAUGAAAGCUUUACGUUGAGUGUCAGUUAAUCUUUCAGAUGAAAAUCUUUCUGGGAUGAAUUUAUCGGCAUCUUCACCCCAAAUUUCUUUGUUGCUAUGAAGCAGAAUGAUUGGAACACAAAUAAUUGAUCCUGAAGGGACUAUUUUCGAACCAAUUUCAAUAUCUGUCGAUAAAGAUCUUGCGAUAUAAGGAAGUGUUGUCCAAUAUCUCGCUGAUUCGUUGACUACUUGAUCCAAAUAAGAUAAUUCUUGAAGCUUUCUAUCUGUCACUUCUUCAUCUACUGAAUUGAAAACUGUUUUGAGUUCUUCAAAAAUCUUCUCUUGAACGUCUGGAUAUAAAGCAGCAAGCAACACAACUGUUGAACUUAAGGUCGCAAUAGUUUCAAAACCGGCAAGAAUAAUAGUAUUAAUCUCAUCUGCCAUUUCAUCGAAUGAGAAUUCAUUUCGUUUCUUAAACAACUGAUCAAUGAAAAUUUGCGGCUUUUCACUUUUAUAUUUAACGUCAUUGUUGU